UAAACACUGCCUGUACACGCGCUCUCCUGGGCCAAGACCACCUGCAGACUGGAACGUGCAGUGCUUUCGUUUGUCGUGAUCGGAGACGAGCUGUAUCCACAGAGCGGACUAGUCAGAAACAGCUGCUGAAGAGAAACUCAGCUAUUCCUCCCUCAGACCAUCCAUCAUCACUUCAUUGUGAGGGGGUGGAGGAUGGAUGGACACGGCAGCCCGCAGUACUGCCGUCACUUCCUGGCGGACAACAGCACCUUUCACGUUGAGCGAUGUAUGAGUGUGAUGCAGUCAGGCACUCAGAUGGUGAAGCUGAAGAAUGGCUCGAAAGGCCUGGUGCGCCUCUUCUACCUGGACGAGCAUCGCUCCUGCAUCCGAUGGAGACCUUCCCGCAAGAGCGAGAAAGCCAAGAUCACCAUUGACUCGCUCUACAAGGUCACGGAGGGUCGUCAGUCUGACAUCUUCCAUCGCCAUGCGGACGGGAACUUUGACUCCAGCUGCUGUUUCACUAUUUACCAUGGCAACCACAUGGAGUCUCUGGACCUGGUGACGUCCAAUGCAGAGGAGGCACGGACGUGGGUCACCGGACUUAGGUAUCUCAUGGCCGGCAUCAGCGAUGAGGAUUCACUGGCCAAGAGACAACGGACCCAUGACCAGUGGAUGAAGCAGACAUUUGAAGAGGCUGAUAAAAAUGGAGAUGGGCUCCUAAACAUCGAUGAGAUUUACCAGCUGCUGCACAAGAUGAAUGUCAACCUGCCUCGCCGCAAAGUGAAGCAGAUGUUCCAGGAAGCAGACACAGAUGACCAGCAGGGCACGCUUACAUUUGAGGAGUUCAGCGUGUUCUACAGAAUGAUGUCCUUACGACGGGACCUCUUCCUGCUGCUCAUGUGCUUCAGCGAGAAAAAAGAUCAACUGACUGCUGAGGAGCUUGGCAACUUCCUGAGAGUGGAGCAGAAGAUGCCCAACGUGACAGCCGAGUACUGCCUGGAGAUCAUUGAUAAGUUUGAAGUGUCUGAAGAAAACAAGCAGAAAGGGAUUCUGGGAAUUGAAGGUUUCACCAAUUUCAUGCGCAGUCCUGCAUGUGACGUCUUCAACCCUCUGCAUAACGAGGUUAAUCAGGACAUGGAUCAGCCUCUGUGUAAUUACUUCGUUGCCUCUUCGCACAACACCUACCUGACCGGAGACCAGCUCCUGUCACACUCCAAAACCGACAUGUACGCCUGGGUCCUGCAGGCAGGCUGCCGCUGUGUUGAAGUGGACUGUUGGGACGGUCCAGAUGGUGAACCCAUGGUCCAGCACGGAUACACGCUCACCUCCAAAAUCACCUUCAAGUCUGUCAUCGAGACCAUCAACAAAUACGCCUUCGUCAACAAUGAAUACCCAAUCAUCCUGUCCAUAGAAAACCACUGUAGUAUCCAGCAGCAGAAGAAGAUAGCUCAGCAUCUGAAGGAGAUCUUUAAGGAGAAACUGGAUGUGGGAGAGCUCCUCACCAGAGAUUCCAAACAGCUGCCCAGUCCCAACAGUCUGAAGGGCAAGAUCUUAAUAAAGGGCAAGCGGCUGCCUUCAUACCUCUCUGCAGAUGCUGAGGAGGGGGAGGUGUCAGACGAUGACAGUGCAGAUGAGAUCGAAGAUGACUUCAAACUGAAGAACAGCACAUCUAAUGGGCCCACACAGCACCUGGUUGAGUCGCACAUCAGGAAGAAGCUGGACUCUCUACUAAAGGAGUCUCAGAUUGGUGAUAAAGAAGAUACGGACAGCUUCUCAAUCCGAGCGCUGCUCCGAGCUACGCAUGAGGGCCUGCACAAAAACCUGCGCAAGAAUUCCAAAGAGGGGGGCUUAAAGAAGUCUCAGAGUCGAUCCUUCAUCAGCAACCUCAAACAGAAGAGGCACUCCAAAUCGAGACUGAAAUGUCAGAGUGUUGACACAGAUGAGGACGGGCAGCAAGAGGCAUCCGGAAAAGAGGGAGGAGGACAGUUUAACAGGAGUGGGGGGAGGAGGAGGACCAUGAAGCUGAGCAGAGAUCUAUCUGAUCUGGUUGUCUUUACCAACUCUGUGGUGUCUCAGGAGUGUCUGGAUGAAGGCUCUGUGGUGAAUGUUCUGUCGUUCAGUGAGACACGGGCGCAGCAGCUGGUGCACCACCGGGCCGAGCAGUUCCUGACGUUUAACCAGCGGCAGCUCUCACGAAUUUAUCCCUCCGCCUACCGCAUCGACUCCAGCAACUUCAACCCACAGACCUACUGGAAUGUGGGCAGCCAGCUGGUGGCUCUGAACUAUCAGACAGAGGGUCGUAUGAUGCAGUUGAACAAGGCAAAGUUUAUGGUGAACGGAGGGAUUGGUUAUGUCCUGAAACCACCACCCAUGUGCAAAGGUUCCUUUAACCCGUACAGCGAUGAUCCUCUCCCGGCUUAUCCUAAGAAGCAGCUGGUACUGAAAAUCAUCAGUGGGCAACAGCUACCUAAACCUCCCGACUCAAUGCUGGGCGAUCGAGGAGAGAUUAUUGAUCCAUUUGUGGAGGUGGAAAUCAUUGGUCUUCCAGUGGAUUGCUGUAAAGAACAGACACGGGUUGUUGAUGACAAUGGCUUUAACCCUGUGUGGGAGGAAACUCUAUCUUUCACGCUACACAUGCCCGAGAUUACUCUGGUUCGCUUCCUGGUGUGGGACCAUGACCCCAUCGGCCGAGAUUUUGUGGGCCAGAGAACGGUCGCCUUCAGCAGCCUCAUGCCAGGUUAUAGACACGUGUAUCUGGAGGGGAUGACGGAAGCAUCUAUCUUUGUCCAUAUCUCAGUGCAUGACAUAUAUGGGAAGUGGAGUCCUCUAGUCCUCAAUCCCAGCUAUACCAUAUUACACUUUCUAGGAGCUAACAAGGGUCGUCAGUUGCGGGGUUUCCGUGGCCUGUUCAGCAAGAGCUCCAAGUGUUCCGUAGACACACACAUUGGCGUUCCACCACGUAAGCGCUCCAUAAGUAACCAUCUGUUGCGCAGAACUGCUAGUGCGCCUGCAAAGGGCCGCAAGAAGACCAAGAUGGCACUGUCUGAGACCGCACUGGACAGAGACAGGAAGGACAGUAAUGGGGAUCUUAAGCAACAGGCUGUGGAGAGGAGAGUGGGUCCCAGGAUGGCCCUUCAGCACCGGCCAGCCUCCAUGCCCUUGGACAAGCUUCUACAGAGCCGGCUUACCCUGUCUUCCCCUGAAACAGAUGGACCUGACCCUGGUGCUGACACUAUAAUUGAUUCAAACCACCUGGAGAGGCCCAGGUCUAUAUCUUUGGAUCUCCUCAUUGAAAAGUCUGCCCGUAAAGACCUUGAUGAUAAUACCCUACCUAUAGAAGUCAUCCAGGACAGAAGAACUGAGUCUGAUGAAAUGGGUGAGACCUCUUAUAUGGUCAUAGGAAGAGGAGGUGAAACUAGCACUCAAAAUGUCCUUACAGAACCCCCAGACCACGGUUUCACCCAAAAAACCAAAGUUGAUGAUUUUACUCCUUCUCAAAUGCUUACAGGAAGUCUUUCAAGUCUCUCUGAGCAAACCGACUGUCAUCUUAGCUCACAAACAGAGAGGCACCAAAGAGACUCUCGCAAAAAUAACAAAAUACCCGACACAGCUUUCCCUACUUCCUCUUCAGGCACUUGUGCCCUGUCCCCACUUCCACCCACAGUGCACCAGUCCAACCAGCAGAGUCAGAUGUCCCUACAGGACAGUGCCCUUUCCCGCCUCAUUGAUGCUGUGUCCCUCGGCAAUGGUUAUGACACUUGCGGGUCCAUAUCAGCUCUAAUUGGUCAGUUUGAAGUCACUGCUGAACAAAGUAAUCUAAAUCUGUCCUCAAGCUCACGGCCCUCUAAGUUGUCCAUCCCAACAACAAGCAACCACCUUUCCAGCACACCACUAAAAAUGAUACAGGAAUCUCCCCAGAAAGUCCCACAGCCUAUUGAAAGAUCCCUCCCUUCUAGUCCUGAGACCACUGAAUCAGCUGCUUUUACAAUUCUAGACGAGGAGGUGCUCUCUCCUGUCUCUAUGUACGAUUGUCCUGAUCGUACUCUCUGCAAUGACUUAAAUACCCCAAGUGGUAGUAGCGGUUCCUUGCCCAACAAAUUGCCCUUUGGAAAGGGAACUGAAGGUAAUAGGGGCUGGAUACCAUAUAGAGAUGAAAAUAUUAGAAACCAGUACCAGUCUACUGGGCCUUCCAGAAACUGGGAAUGUGAAGGUUAUAGAGAAAACUCAAUAAACAGCACAGCCUCAGAUCGCUUCCUAAUGUGUCAUGGCUCAGCAAGCAGUAGCUUGAUGGAAAUUGAAAUCAAUGUUGAUGGGGAUCCUCUGGAUAUCUCCAUGACCCUGGUACCCUCACAUGAAGACCGUCAGUGGAACAGUGAUCUUGGGCUCUCAAAUCAGUCUUCUCCACUCCACAGACCAACAUAUAAUCCAUCAUCCACUUUCCAGAAUCUCUAUGUACCCUCUCUAUCAAGCAAAUCUUCAUAUAAGCCCACUACAAACUCACACUCUGCGGAGUCAUCACCCUUUUAUAGACCUUGCCAGCGCCCUUCACCACACCAGCCUCUUGUCUCAGGCAGUGUGCAUCAGCAUCGCUACCCUAUCAGCAAGCCCCAGUCAGAUCAGUUUAGCAGUUAUAAGUUUCAGCCUGGUGUGUACAAUAGUAACACUUUCAGUGACAGCCACUGGGAGACCCGGGACAGGAACAGCUUGACCUGCAGGACACAGUGCUCCCAGAUUGGGUAUUCAUCCUCGGAAUGUCUUCUAAGGAAUCAAGUCCGUGACCCUCCAUCACAGAGGAAUUCACACAUAUCUGUGUCUGAAUGUGAUAUGAUGUAUAGCUCUCUAGAAUAUGGAACUAGAUUUGGUCCUCCAAAGCAAUAUUCUCAGUCCAUGCAACAAAACCAAGCCUUAAAACCAACUGCUCCUGAGGGCUACAAUGGGAUUUAUCUUGCCCAGUCUCCUAGUCCUUGUAAGUCCAAGAGCCUGGGCGACUUGACAUCUGAGGACAUCUCCUGCAACUUCCAGAGCAAGUACAAGGUCAUCAGCCGCAGCUUUAUUACUCCUGCCAUGCGCAACCAGAGACAGAAGGAAAGCAUGGUCAAUCGGUCACAGUCUACAGAUCCCUUGACUGAACAGCUUCGGAAACUGGUGACAUUAGAAGAGGCUGACUGUCCCCUUUCUAUCCCCCCUCAGAUUCAGCCCACCCCCAAACCUCUCUCAGUGCUCCCUCCAGUUCCAGUCAGUUCUGCACUUUCUACAGAGGAUCAGGAGAGCCCUCCUCCUUUUCUCUCACGUAGACUAUCCUCUCGCAGUCAGAGUCGUGUACGUCACAUAGCCAGUCGUGCUAGAGAGAGACAGCAGGAGGCAUUCAAAAGACCUGUGAGCGGUGCCCCGGAGGUAGUGCUCCGCAAUAAACCAGUUUCUGUUCAAAAUCUCCUUAUCAACAGGCAUUCCACCGGCUCCUAUAUUGCCGGGUACCUGGAGCAAGUGGAACUGGAGGACCGGGGUUUGCCUGAGGGUUCUUGCACAACACUACAUUAUAGCUACAGAGAUCAAUGUUAUGCUGAUGAUGCUGUGCUCCCCUCUGAUUCCUGCCCCAGCUCAGAGCCCGAGGUUUACUUCUUGUUAAGACUUUGACUUUGGAGUUUCCAGUUUUCCCUGUACAUGUACUUGCCACCAUUGUGAAUUCACUUCAUUAGAAAACGUUUCUCAAUGAAUGUGUUUACAUGCACUCAAUAAGCCGAAAACUGCAGGAAAUUAAAUGUUGUCAGUAAUUCAAUCAACACGUUUACAUGCACUUGAGUAAUCAGAUAAUGGGGAAACUCUGGGUCUACAUGAGUCAGGCAAUAAUUGGAUUUCCGCUUUGCAACCAGCCAAUAGACUCACAGAAGAAGAUGUGAAGUUAACAUGACAUAAAACUCAAACUUCAUACUGCAGCUUUUCUUUAACAAAAUCACACCACUUUACCUGAAAAUAUGAACUUGUAUCAUCUAGAAGAUGAAAAAUAUUCAAAGCCUUUAUUUUGUGCUUGGUUUCAUCGCCGCUCCAACAGUGUUUUGCUGUGUCUCACGACAUCCACUGUCUGUUCUCGCCCGUACUCAGAGUGAGAAAUCUGAAUAAGAGUUUACAUGCACUGAGAUAUCAGAUUACUGAGCUAAAAUCCAGCUCUCUUUAUCAUAUUUCUUAAUCAGAUUUCUAGAUUAGAGUAUGGUGUUUACAUGACCAUUUGAAUAAAAGAUAACUGCAGAAAUCCGAUUAUGAUCGGAUUAUUGAGCGCAUAUAUACACAGUCAAUCUCGAAGGCCGUACUUUCACCACUCUACCAGCUUGCUGUCAAUGGUACAGAGACUGAAAAUGGCCUAUAUUGAAGCUUCCACCAUUGUGUAAAUAGUACAACAUAUCCUGAUCAAUGAGUUCCUGGUCCAAGAUGCACUACACCAAAUUAUUACUGUAUCAAACUACUUUUAUCACUGUUUAUCUACUAAUUGUCAUGCGUGUAAAUGUUCUUGUUUGAAAUAAGUAUUUACUGUAAAGGGAAAAAUAUAGCCAAGUUAAUGGUUGUUUUUUGGGGGGGAGGGGCAUUUUGUCUUGGUCUUCUCUUUUUCUCUUAUUCAGUCUUCCUGCACCUCUUUUCGUUGUUUGUAAGUCUGUGUUCUUUGUACAAGUGUUGGCAAAUUGACCUAGGUUUUGGCAAAUUUGCCUUUAUUUAAGGCCCUAUGGGUUUUAAGUUUGAAACUGAACUGUGGUGUUACAGAAACAGCAUGUGGACCGUGGACAUGUUCAGCAUGACUAUGCACAGAUGGGUAGAUGUGUCUGUGCCCUGAUUUUGCAUAGAACUCUUUGCUUUAUUCCAUGCAACACAGAAGAGAAACCUGCCUGCUCUGCUUUGCUUGCUCUCUCUUAGGCAUGAAUUUAAAGAUAAACACUGCUUCAUAUUCAAGAAAAAAAAAACUGUGAGGUUAAAGUUUUAUUUUUGUAAUUGCUUUGAUACAGAUAGCAAAAAAAUGAUACUUAAUGGUCUGAUUUUUUUCUUUAAAAAA